GUCAAGACUAUCUGGACACAUAUGUAUGAUGCUGUUUGAUUGCUGGAGUUCGCUAAUGCUCAUCUUCCUUGCAUAAUUAUGCCGCGGAGUACUUUGCAGACAUUAUGACAACCAGGCACCCCGAAGACAGCAUGGAGGACGACAUGUCACAACUUUCACCUCUGUGGAAUAACUUCCAAGUAAGAGUUCCUGAGGAAGGCAAGCAUUGGAUGGACAGACCGAUCACGGUGGAAGAGCUGAAAGGUACAGUGAAGGCCAUGGCACGGGGAAAAGCGUCAGGUGAUGAUGGACUGCCGAUCGAAUUCUUCGCCUGCUGCUGGCAGGAUUUGGCGGAAGAUCUGGUGACCAUGUUCAAUGAGAUCUUGACUGGUGGUAAACUGGGUCAGUCUAUGACCCGGGGGGUCAUUUCUCUACUGUUCAAGAAAGGCGACCGCAGCGAAGUAAGAAACUGGUGUCCCAUUUCCCUGUUGAAUGUGGUCUCCAAACUGCUUGCCAAGACACUUGCCACCAGACUGAGAAAUCGCCUACCUGGGUUAGUGAAGCGCGAUCAAGGAGCCUUCGUACAGGGACGGUCCAUCUUCGAGGACAUGGUUACGGCUAUAGAAGCCCUUGAACUCAUUGAAAGGGAUAACGCAGGCGUUGCGGUCCUCCUUUUGGACCUUGAAAAGGCAUAUAAUAGGGUGGCAUUGGAGGAUUGCUCGUCCGCUCAAGAAGCUCUGUUGCAAGAAAAGCUCAAGAAGAGAGUGACUAGUUGGGGGAAGGCAAGGCACCUCUCUCUGAUUGGCCGUGCUCCGGCAAUAACGGCAUCAGCCUUUGCCCUGUUGUGGUACGUAACUGUGAUUCAGAAGUUUUCUCCAACAAUGCUCAGAACGGUCAAGGCUGUGGCUAGACGAUUCAUCUGGAAGUCGGACGGGGACCCAGGUCGUGGCUACAUGUCGAAAGUUGCAUGGGAUACGAUAUGUGCUCCCAAAGAGGAAGGGGGUCUAUCGCUGUUGGACCCAGGGGCCCAGAAUAAAUACUUACUCGCCCGCUGGGUAGUUAAAGUUGCAGAGGCAGACAGCGAUGGAGACUGGAUCCUCCUAGCAGAAGCACUCUUGGCCUCAGAAUGGAAGCUGACCAGGCCCUCAGACGUAUGGGUCGCCAUCAUGACCAAGACCUUUGCAGGGAAACGGCCUAACUCCAGAUUUUGGUGGGACGUCCUGGCAGUUUGGAAACAAGCAAGGCCAACGGAAAGAUUGGCGCCAAAAUCCAAAGAGGACGUGAGAUGCCAACCACUCUUCGAGAAUGACCGGAUUACAGACGUUGAAGGUGCCCCAUUCACGUUGGAAAGGAAACCAGGGACGUUUGGCCUCAGCUGGCUACAGAAAGGCAUCUCAUUGGUAGGUGAUCUCUGGGACGCUAAUACGAAUCAGUGGAAAUCAGACCGGCUUCUGAGACAAGUGCUGGGACAACUCCCCUUGAAGGAGGAACGAGCACAGAUGCUCAGAGCAGCAAUCCCAGAGGAAUGGAAGCUCUUGCUGGGCCCUGCAGGGAUUGACCCGCCUGGAACAUGGUACAAAUGGGACAAUGGGGAGGAAGAGUGGUACUGCAGGCUCGAAAGUUGGUUCGACGAUGGGUCUGGCCGCUGCUGGUUAGAGACCUAAAAACGGAAAGAGGUGGCUCUCCCUACAUUGCAGAGAGAAGGGAUGCACCUCCAGUAUGGACUGAGGAACCUAUCUGAAGUGCGAGUUAGACUGCAGGCACCGUCAGAGAGAGGCCUUCCGAUGAUCCCGCAGUUGGUAGCAAACGGGACACUACUGAAGGACCUAAGGAUAGAUGCAGCAGCAUGGGGGUGGUUGGUCAACGGGGAGCUGACAACACGACUGGAGAACCUCAGUGCAAAGUUAAUUCUGAAGAGGAACUGCGGAAGUCUUCCCACGA